AUGGACCCAAAAGUCUCCCUCUCCAUUCUGCUACUUCUUUUUGGCAUUUCCCAGGCGUCUCCUGUCAGGGUAAGACUCUUUCUAAAGACUAGCCAUCACAAUGGGUUCUCACCCAUACCUGGAAAUGUGGACAUCACAACAAAGAUUUUGGAGUCCAACAAUGGAUCAACUGAACACCUGAUGGAAGGAGAUCUGCUGUUUCCCAAAACCAAAAAUGCUCUCUACUGCUACAACAACAACUGUUUCUGGAAAAAAAACUCUAGCAACCUAGUGGAGGUUCCUUAUAUAGUGAGCAGUGAAUACUCCUCUAGUGACAUCUCAAUUAUUCAGAACGCCAUGUCCACCUUUCACAACAAAACUUGCAUCCGCUUUGUGGCCAGAUCAUCUCAGACUGACUACAUCAGUAUUGAGAACAAAGAUGGGUGCUACUCUUAUCUUGGUAGAAUUGGUGGCAAACAGGUGAUCUCCCUCAAAAGAACCGGUUGUGUGUAUCAUGGCAUCGUUCAACAUGAGCUGAAUCAUGCCCUGGGCUUCUACCAUGAGCAAUCCAGGAGUGAUCGUGAUAAAUAUGUCAAGAUCAACUGGGAGUACAUCCCUACCAAUCAGGCCUCCAACUUCCAAAUACAGAAAACUAACAAUCAAAACACCACAUAUGACUACGGCUCCAUCAUGCAUUAUGGAAGAACAGCCUUCACCAACCAGACCGGGAAGGAAACCAUCACUCCCAUUCCUGAUGCGACUGUGGAAAUUGGACAGAGGCAGGAUAUGUCUAACAUUGACAUCCUGAGGAUCAACAAGCUGUAUGGAUGUGCUGUUUGA